AUGGUAUCGGAAAUCCACAAAAAACAGGCGUUGGACUUGAUUAAUAGCCACAGAUUCUUUAUGUUAUCAAAAUCAUGGUGUCCCGAUUGUCAUUAUGUUUAUAAAGUAUGGGACACUUAUGGAGUCAAAAGUAAAGUCUACAUUCUUGAAUUAGACAAAAUGGAUGAUCAAACUGAAGCCCAAAAGUUGGAAGAAGCUUUUACAGAAAUUUCCGGAAGGAAAUGGGUUCCUACAAUCUUUUUUAACGGAAAAAAAUUCGGCACUGAGCAAGAUUUGAAAGCAUUAGAUAAAGACGGCAAAUUGGAAGAUCAAUUCAAAGCUGUAGGAUUGUUAGACUAA